CGCAACACGUAGGUGUUCAUAACGUUCUACGUCGCGUUCGACGAAGUAUUGUUUGUCUUUAAACCGUCACGAUGGAUUCGUCGUUGUUUUUGUCGCCCUUUACACUACUAUUGAUUACUCUGAUCGUCAUUGGCGUCUUAAAAGUUGUCACUGUAAUGUACAGUACGUAUUUUUUCUGGAGAAAUAAGGGCGUGCCAUACUUACCAAAUUCGCUAUCGUCUUUUAUAACAAGUUGGAAAUUGUUUUUUGGACGCUUAAGUUUUGCUGAUCAUUUCAAAUUUUUAUACGAUUACUUCCCUAACGCUAAAUAUGUUGGAAUGAUGGAUUUUGGCACGCCUGUCGUGCUAUUGCGUGAUCCCGAGCUGAUCAAAGACGUCACGGUGAAGGAUUUCGAACACUUUAUGGAUCAUCGUAGUUUCGUUGACGAAGACUUGGAACCGCUAUUCGGUAAAAACGUCUUCGCCCUGCGCGGUGAUCGUUGGAAAGAAAUGAGAAAUACAUUGAGCCCGUCUUUCACCGCCAGCAAGAUGAAGUUGAUGUUUGAUCUGAUUUCGAAAUGCUCUGAGGACUUUGUUAAUUAUUUGGUGGAUCAUCCAGAAAUUUGUCAUGAGAUUGAGAUAAAAGGAGUUUUCAGACGGUACACUACCGACGUAAUUGCUACUGCAGCCUUUGGCAUAAGUGUGAAUUCUAUGAAGGAUCGAGAGAACGAGUUUUACAUGAGAGGCGUGGAGACUACCAAAUUUUUUGGUGGAUUUUUAUCACUGGUCAAGAUGAUAUUUAUGCGUGUAUUUCCAAAGCUCUCCAAAUGGAUGGAUCUGACAUUUUUUCCAUCGGCUACAGCGAAAUUUUUUAAAACCGUUGUGGCGGAAACCAUCAAAGUGCGAGAAGAACAAAAUAUCGUCCGACCCGACAUGAUUCAUUUACUGAUGCAGGCUCGUGACAAAAAAAGCGCUAGUACACACCAAAUGACUCUGGAAGAUAUCGUCUCGCAGGCUUUCAUCUUUUUUCUCGCUGGUUUUGAUACGGCUUCGACGCUGAUGUGCUUUGUUGUUCACGAAUUGGCAGUUAACAAAGACAUUCAGGAUCGUUUGCGCCAAGAGGUGCAAAAAUAUUUUGCCGAAGGAAACGGUAAGAUCUCCUACGAUUCGCUGUCGCAAAUGUCUUAUAUGGACAUGGUGAUUUCCGAGGCUCUCAGAAAAUAUCCACCGUCGAUCUUCAUCGAUAGACUUUGCACAAAGAGAUACGAAUUGCCACCAUCGCAACCGGGCGGCAAGAACGUGAUCGUCGAGCCUAACAAUAUGCUGUUACUUUCGGUUUAUGGUUUACAUCGCGAUCCGCAGUACUUUCCGAAUCCCGACAAGUUCGAUCCCGAGAGGUUCAGCGAGGAGAACAAAGACAACAUUGUGCCGUACAGUUAUCUACCAUUCGGUCACGGACCUAGAAAAUGUAUCGGCAAUCGAUUUGCUUUAAUGGAGACAAAGAUUCUAAUAGCUCAUCUUUUACAAAAGUUUACUCUGAAAACUACGGAAAAAACCGUUGAACCGGUCGUAUUCAAUACAAAGGAGUUUUCGUUGCAACCUGUUGGAGGAUUCUGGGUUAGUUUGGAGAAAAGAGAAACGUGAAAAUAUUUUACAAAAAUGUGGCCGCUUUCAACAUUUACAGAUGUUCAAUGUAUUUAUGUAUUUUAGUAAAUGAUUGAAGUGUACAAUAAGAUUUACUUGCAACAUAUCAAAUCAUUGUGCAAGGCAAAUACUCAAGCCGGAUGAUUAAGGUUGAUAUUUGUAACGUUUUUCUGUUUCUUCUUCCGAUAAAAAAAAAUUAUUUUUUAAAAUUUUGUUAAGCAAAUAUUACAGCCCGAUGUUCUCUAAACCAUCUACAUAAUGACAAAAGCAAAUUAAUAAUUUUGGACAAUUUGACUUUUACAUUAUCUUGGAAAUACGUUAAAAUCUUUUUUGGAUUCACGCCUAGGAUAUCCUAAAACCUAU